CUGAGUGAACAGAUGUCGCACAUCAAACGAGUCGAACUUUAUAACAGUUUGUGUUUGAAAUAUUUGUGUAGUUCCAACAUUUCGAUUUGAGUUAUAUUGUGAUUAUUUAAUGGAAAUAAGUUACACAGUUAUUUAAUUUAGUGAGAAUUGUACUGUAACUAGGUGUGCUAGGCAAAUGUAACUUAUGUAUCUUUUUUUAUUCACAUUUGUGUUAAAUUAUAUAUUUUUUAAAAUCUUUGUAUUUUUAGUUUUACAAAGGACAAAGCAUGCCAAAAAACAUUACGCCUUGGGACUUUUACUGCCAUCCAGUUAACAUGGGAGGCAGUGGUUGUUAGCUCUGUUGUUUUUCAUGACUGAAUACACUUUCACUUCUACACAACCUAUAUGAUUUAUUUAUGCAUGGUAUAAAAUAAUUAUUUUUUAGCAAACCACAAAGGGUGGGUCAUUAGCUUUACAUAAGUUGACUAGAAGCUCUUUAGUUUAUCAAAUUAAUAUUACUAAAAUAGCUUUCCACAACGAUUCUCUACCAUGCAGACAUGCCCUUUCCAAUUUCUCAACUUACAGUGGCUACUUGGGUAUCAUUGAGAAUUCUGGUUUCCCACGGGUACAUACGAUGUUGUUUGGUCAUUCAUGUGGAUGUAACUGGUAUCAGACUACAUUUGAAGGCUGUAUCUAAAGUGUAAAUUAAUUGACAAACAACACCAACUCAAAUUUCAGUCACGUACGAACCUGUGCUACCUUUCUUUUUGUACUCUACCUUUUACCUGAACAGCCCAUUGUCUUAUCAGCACGAUGACUGUGCACAACUGCAUUUAUUAUAACCUCAUAUUCUAGGUUAAUAAGUAUACUUGACAUUAUAUGAUUGAGGGAGACUUGAGUGAUCACACACUUUAUCACAGGUAAUCAUGAGGCUUGUAGUCUGUCUGCUUUCUCUGCUAACUGUGCUCAGCAGUGUAGACUGUGGAAAUGUUUUAGUCUGGCCUGCUGAUGGCAGUCAUUGGAUAAAUCUGAAAAUAGUGUUGGAAACAUUGAUGGACAGAGGACACGGUGUAACCGUUCUGCUGCCAGACACUUCUAUGUUCAUGAAAGCCAAAGAAUCGGACCGCUUCUCUUACCUGCCCUUUAAUAUGUCCAUGUCUUCUAAGGACAUACGUGAUUUCCUUGAGGAACUUCUACACUUCUCGAUCUAUGAAAUGGAUGAGUUAAACCUACUACAGAUUUCAAUGAAAUUCUACGCACUUGUCUCCAAAAAUGUGGAUUUGGGUCUUUCAUACUGCAAUGGGAUUCUCACAUCUCCAGGGUUGGUGGACAAACUGCGGCAUGAAAAAUUUGACGUAAUUCUGACUGACCCGAUCUACCCAUGCAGCGAAAUAGUGGCCGAAAAGCUGAACAUUCCCUUGGUGUACACGUUACGAUUCUCCAUCGCUAAUUCUGUAGAGCGGAUGUGUGGUCAGAUACCGGCUCCACCAUCAUUUGUUCCUGGAACCAUGAGUAAACUCACAGACAAGAUGAGCUUUACAGAGCGGAUCUUUAACAUGCUCUUCUACAUUUCUCAAGAUGCUUUAGCCAGUUUUGUGUGGAGAAAAUUUGACAACUACUACACUGAGUAUUUAGGACGUCCCACUUCUUUUUGUGAGAUGAUGGGUAAAGCUGAUAUCUGGUUAAUCAGAACUUACUGGGACUUCGAGUUUCCACGGCCAUUCCUACCCAACUUCAAAUAUGUUGGAGGGCUUCACUGCACCCCUGCCCAGCUGUUACCCAAGGAUAUGGAGGAGUUUGUGCAGAGCUCUGGGGAUGAUGGGAUAGUUGUGUUCACUCUGGGGUCUAUGGUGAAGAACAUGACCAAAGAGAGGAGCAAUACGAUCGCCUCUGCAUUAGCGCAGAUACCUCAGAAGGUCUUUUGGAGAUACUCUGGAGAGAAGCCAGAUACUCUUGGUGCAAACACCAAACUCUUUAACUGGGUCCCUCAGAAUGAUUUACUGGGUCACCCCAAAACCAGAGCGUUCAUCACUCACGGGGGCUCUAAUGGCAUAUUUGAGGCCAUAUAUCAUGGUGUUCCAAUGGUCGGGAUCCCCUUGUUUGGUGAUCAGCCUGAUAACUUGGCCCAUAUGAAGGCUAAGGGGGCUGCUGUUGUCAUGGAUGGCAUUAAAAACAUGCAGACUCAAGACCUGGUGGACGGACUCAACGCUGUCAUUAACGACCCCUCGUAUAAAGAGAAUGCCAUGCGUUUGUCCAGGAUUCAUCAUGACAGACCAAUGAAGCCUUUAGAUGAAGCAGUGUUCUGGAUAGAGUUUGUCAUGCGUAAUAAAGGUGCUAAACACCUGCGUGUGGAAGCCCACAACCUUACCUGGUACCAGUACCACUGUCUGGAUGUGUUCGCUUUUCUCAUCACUAUAGUGACUGUAGUCCUCUACAUCUCCUUUAAAAUGUGUAAAUCCUUCAUAAAGCGUUACUGUUUUAGAUCAAAUCGUAAAAGUAAAAAAGAGUGAUUAGACUUUUUUGCACUAAACAUUCUGUCUCUCCACCCUAGUGGCAUAGGUUUCAUUUAAACAAAAUCACCCUUGCAAAAACCAGGAGUUUAUAUAUAUAAAGAUGAGUUUAAAUUGCCUUUGGUGGUGUGCUUCCCAGCUGUCUUAGUUCCUCUCAGGUAUCUUUCCUAAACAUCUUAGGAGGUUGUUUCCCUUUCCAUUGUUGCCUUUGGCUAACUUGCUUAAAGUAGUAAGGAGCUACUUUUGUAAAGCAGCUUUUGAUCUGUAUUGUGAAAAGCACUAUGCAAAUAAACUUGAAUCAAAUUAAUACAUACUUUGCAUGCUUCGUUGAAAAGAGUAAGAUUUUAACAUACAGAAUAUCUAGUUGGUUUGUUUGUUUUUUUACUUUGAAAAUCCACAUAUCAUCUUGGCUAGAUUUUAUUAUUCUGCUGCGCCUAGCGUUCAUUGCAAAACAUUGCAAAAGGACUUUUACUUUGAAGAGUUUAAACCGUGGAGUUUUAUGUGUGUGUGUGUGUGUGUUUUACUUCAUGCAUUUUGAAUGACCGCCAUCAUGCUUGCGAUCUCUUUCCAUGAUCCUGUCUAUUUUCCUUAUAUGAUCGGUUAAAUCCGAGAUGAUUCAACAUAUUUGGUGAUCGAGAGAUUGUCUGCAUGGUUGGUGAUCUCAAAUUUAAGUGUAGCUUGCUAGUAUUGCUAUAUUUGUAGCAUGCAACUGUUAGCGUGGGUAGGCAAAUUCAUGAUUACUCUUUUUUAUUAUUAUUAUUAUUCUUGUUUGAAAAAAGUAUUGUUAAAGUUAUAUCAGUUCGUAUGAUUUUUUUUUUUUUUUUUUUAAUAAGUCUGGUUAAAAUGUAUUUCUGUUGUAUAUAAAGGCGUUGAGGGCUUCUGAAACGUUUCUAGUUUCAUAAUAAGAGCAUGUGGUCAAUGAUGACGCCAUAGAGUUACGCAUUCUGAUGCAACUGAUGUGCGCAGCUGCGUGAAACUGAGACCACAACUAUGCUAAUAAUGCCUUCUACUCUUUAAGAAAAAUUCAUGCAGCAGUAUGCAGUGUACAAUAAAAUGUUUCCAUCA